AUGGAUACCGACGACGACUUCAUGUCCAACCUCUCCAGCGAGGACGAUAUGCUUCCCGAUGAUAGUGACAACGAUGUUUCUGGAGACGAAGACUUUGGCUUCGAUGACGAACCCGACGUUUACAUCGACUCGCAGAAGGAUAUCGGGCAGAGGAAGAAAACACCAUUCGACGUCUCGUACAAAGUCUUCCAGCCACAAGAUGUGCAGAAGCAGCAAGACGAACUCAUCGACGAGGUCAACAUGAUCCUGACUAUUGCGAAGGAGGAGGCCGCGAUCCUCCUCCGAUAUUUCAGGUGGAACAAAGAACGGCUCAUUGAGCAGUACAUGGACCGCCCCAGUCAAGUACUGGAGGCUGCCGGACUUGCUCAGACCACAGCAGGGCCACCCAAGCUACGAACGAUCCCGGGCUUCACUUGCGAUAUCUGCUGCGAGGAUGAGCCAGGGCUCCAGUCGUUUGCGCUGAAAUGUGGGCACCGGUAUUGUGUGGACUGCUACCAUCAAUACCUCUCGCAAAAAAUUAAGGGCGAAGGCGAGGCAGCACGCAUUCAGUGCCCCGCUGAAGGCUGCACUCUGAUCAUCGAUGCGCGAUCACUAGACCUCCUUGUCACCUCCGAGCUGACGGAGCGGUACCACGAGCUGCUCCACCGGACAUACGUGGAAGACAAGGAGACGCUCAAGUGGUGUCCGGCUCCAGAUUGCCAGAACGCCGUCGAAUGCAGGGUCAAGAAGAAGGAUCUUGACCAAGUGGUGCCCACGGUGGCCUGCCUUUGCGGGUACAGGUUCUGUUUUGGUUGUAUAUUGAACGACCAUCAGCCAGCCCCGUGUCAGCUCGUCAAGAAGUGGCUCAAGAAGUGCGCCGACGAUUCCGAGACUGCGAACUGGAUCUCUGCCAACACCAAAGAAUGCCCGAAGUGUAACAGCACUAUCGAGAAGAAUGGUGGAUGCAACCACAUGACUUGCCGCAAGUGCAAGCACGAGUUCUGCUGGAUGUGCAUGGGUCUGUGGUCGGAACACGGCACGAGCUGGUACAACUGCAACCGAUUUGAAGAGAAGAGCGGCACAGAUGCGAGGGAUGCGCAGGCGAAGUCGCGGGUCUCGUUGGAGCGGUACCUGCACUACUACAAUCGAUACGCGAACCACGAACAGUCAGCACGGCUCGACAAGGAUAUUUACCACAAGACGGAGAAGAAGAUGGUUCUGCUGCAAAAGGAAUCGGGCAUGUCCUGGAUCGAGGUCCAGUACUUGAACUCGGCCUCUCAAGCGCUCCAGAUGUGCCGCCAAACCCUGAUGUGGACCUACGCCUUUGCCUUCUACCUGAAGCGUAACAAUCUGACGGAGAUCUUUGAGGACAACCAAAAAGAUCUAGAGAUGGCUGUUGAGGCGCUAUCCGAAAUGUUCGAAAAGCCGAUUGCCGAGCUCGCCGACCCAAAACUCAAAGUCGAAAUCAUGGACAAGACCUCGUACUGUAACAAGCGGAGGGUCAUUCUGCUCGAUGAUACCGCUCAAAACCUCGCAGACGGCGCUUGGUCCUUCAACAUCGAAUUCAUGAACUCAACAUCGAACAGCGGCCCGAGCACUUGA